GGAUCGCUAUGCAGUUGGCUUUUGUUAGAAUUUGAUCAGUUUGAUGUGGAGGAGCAUAAUUCAUUCAGGGGUUUGGGAGUCCUAUACCUGAUUUACAUUAGUUGUUGAUAAUUAGGGGAGGAAGCGCUUAUCCUCCCCAACAAUGGAAGAAGACAGCCAAAGAAUUGGUGGCCACUUUUCUGGUUUGGCUGUAAUAUUAUCCCGUGAGGAUCAGAGAGAUAGUCCUCAGUCAAGCCGUCUCAUUUCAUAUUUUGAUGAUAUUGGCUUCCAAUCUGUAGAACGAACUCUUGAGCAUAUAUUUGACCUUCCUUACAAAUCUGUUCGACCAUUGCCUACUCCAAUUGAAGCUACUCUAAUCCAUUCUAUUUUGAAGAAUGAUAUCUGCAAAUUUCGGGUUAAACAGGAAGCUGAUCUUCACAACAGAGAAGGGAUAUGUAUCACUGAUAGUGGUUGUGGACCCCACAAUAUUGCCAUUGAUGAUGCCAGUAUCUGCGGUGGUAUCAGGUUUAUCAAGCAACCUUUGAUUAUAGAGAGCCAUGCGGUGUUCAGUAGUGUGAGGGCAAAUGCUUGUGUUUGGACAGGGAAAUGGAUGUAUGAAAUAAUUUUGGAAACUUCAGGAAUACAGCAGCUUGGGUGGGCUACACUUUCGUGCCCCUUCACGGAACAUAAGGGUGUUGGGGAUGCUGAAGAUUCAUAUGCUUUUGAUGGGAGGAGGGUUAAAAAAUGGAAUAAGGAGGCCGAGACAUAUGGUCAGUCAUGGGUUGUUGGCGAUGUCAUUGGUUGCUGUAUAGAUUUGGAUCAUAAUGAGAUAUCAUUUUAUAGGAAUGGUCUCCCGCUUGGAGUUGCAUUUGAUAAUGUUCGCAAGAUGGCUCCUGGACUUGGUUAUUAUCCAGCCAUUUCUCUUUCUCAGGGUGAGCGUUGCGUUUUGAAUUUUGGGACCCACCCUUUUAAAUACCCCAUUGAGGGGUUCCAUUCUCUUCAAGGUCCUCCCACAGUGAGCCCUCUUGCCACACACUUACUGCAAUGUUUGUUGAGAUUAUUGGAACUGCAACAGAUGGAGAAAUCUGAUUCUACUUCUGUUGAGAAACUGGGAAGAUUGAAGAGGUUUGCACCAAUCAAAGAAUUAUUCCACCAGAUUGCUCAUGCAAUCUGUGAGGAAUUCUUCUUUGCAGUUGAUAUGGAUUUGGGAAGUGUGGAAUAUGUUUGUUGGGGUCCACUUGUAUCAUUCUUGAUGGAUGUAUUUAAAAAGCAGGCUCCACAUGAUUAUGAGAGCUUAGAUGGGGUUAUUGAUCUCUUUUUAGAAUUUCGAGGAUCUUGUAUGAUGUUCCAACAUGUCAUUAGCUCUCUCUCUUGCAGUUGCAAAAUAGCAACCCUGGUUCUGACAGAAUGCCCAUAUUCAGGGUCAUACUCUUAUCUUGCAUUGGUGUGUCACGUACUAAGACGCGAAGAACUGAUGGUACUUUGGUGGGAAUCACCGGAUUUUGAGUUCUUGUUUGAAGGGUUUCUAUCAAGGAAGGGUUUGAACAAGCAAGAUCUGCAGUGCUUGAUGCCAUCUGUUUGGUGGCCUGGAUCAUCUGAGGAUGUGUCCUAUGAAGGUAGCAUGAUGCUGGCAACUACAACUUUGUCUGGAGCAGUCAGUAAGAUUGAGGAGAUGCAUCGGAAAUUUUGUUGCUUGGUCAUACAGUUCAUACCUCCAAUUACACCUCCACAGUUACCUGGAUCAGUUUUCGUGACAUUUUUACAUAACGUAUUAUUGAAGAAUAGAGGUGCUGAUCGCAACCCUCCACCUCCUGGAGUUCCUAGCAGUUCUGUUGUUGUUUCUCUGUACACAGUGAUCCUCCAUUUCCUAUCUGAAGGGUUUCCAGAGGGAGAUAUCUAUAGAUGGAUAAAGGGUACCGGAACAAAAGCUGGAGGUGAUGUAGGUUUUCUUCAUAGGGGAGGUCACCGUAGCUUCCCUUUAGGUCUUUUCCUUAAAAAUGAUCCUCAUCGCACUGACAUUUCUCGGCUUGGGGGAUUAUUCAAUCACCUAUUGACAUCACAUCCUGUGAGUGAUGGAGAAACUGAGGUACUUCGUUGGGAGGAAGGUUGUAUGGAUGACGAAGAAACAAAAAUCACACACUCCACCAAGUACAAGCCAUGUUGCUGUUCAAGUUCUGAUUUUGACUUUACGAGGAUCACGAAGGAUCCAAUUCAGCUCAGAUCCAAAGGAUCACAGGCUUUUUGCAGCCCUAUUCCAGAGAGAUCUGCUCAUGUUGGUGCAGAGUGCAGUUCUGGAAGUUUGAAUGAUGAUAUGAUGGAUAAACCCAGUUCAAGUGACCAAUCAGAACCUGAAUUUUCAUAUCGACCAUUGCAACAUCAUCUGAGGAAUGUACCAAUGAGGACAAGUCAUUUGUCUUCAGCAACACUAAGAGAAGAGGAACUUUUUGAUGCUAUGCUGCUAUUAUAUCACAUAGGUCUUGCUCCUAAUUUUAAACAGGCAUCAUACUACAUGUCUCAUCAGUCACAGUCAAUAUCUCUUUUGGAGGAAACUGACAAACAAAUAAAAGAAAGAGCUUGUGGUGAACAACUAAAGAGUUUGAAGGAGGCUCGAAAUGCUUAUCGAGAAGAAUUAAUUGAUUGUGUUAGACAAUGUGCAUGGUAUCGCAUAUCUCUGUCUUCUCAAUGGAAGCAAAGAGGAAUGUAUGCGACAUGCAAGUGGAUUGUUGAGUUGCUCUUGGUUCUUAGCAAGAUGGGUUCACUGUUCAUUUAUAUCCCGGAGUUUUAUCUUGAAGCACUGGUUGAUUGCUUCCAUGCAUUGCGCCGGAGUGAUCCUUCAUUCGUUCCUUCUGCAGUUUUUCUCAAACAUGGACUUACUUCAUUUGUCACUUUUAUUGUUACCCACUUCAAUGAUUCACGGAUAUCAAGUGCAGCUUUAAGAGAUCUUCUUAUUCAAUCUAUUUCAGUCUUGGUACAGUACAAGGACUAUUUGGUUGCUUUUGAGAGUAAUGCAGCAGCUGUUCAGACUCUGCCCAGAGCAUUGCUUUCAGCAUUUGACAACAGAUCCUGGAUUCCUGUAACAAACAUUCUUUUACGACUUUUCAAAGGUUUUGGAUUUGGUCCUUCAAAGAAUGGAGAAUCAUCUACAUCAAAUGUUUUCCAGGGUUUAUUACGGGACACAUGCAUCCAUGAUGAAGCAUUAUUCUCAGCUUUCCUCAAUCGACUCUUCAACACUCUCAGCUGGACUAUGACUGAAUUCUCUGUUUCUGUUCGAGAGAUGCAAGAAAAAUAUCAGGUGUUGGAGUUGCAGCAAAGGAAGUGUAUUAUCAUAUUUGAUCUCUCAUGCAAUCUUGCGAGAGUCUUGGAAUUCUGUACCCAUGAGAUCCCUCAGGCAUUCCUUGCAGGGUCUGAUAUGAACCUUCGAAGAUUAAUUGAGUUGAUUGUGUUUAUUUUGAACCAAGUAACUUCAGCGGCAGAUGCUGAAUUUUUCGACAUGCCACUUAGGCGACUAGGCCAUUCUCAGGAGAAAAUAAACCGAGGCAUGGUCUUAGCACCUCUUGUCGGGAUUAUCUUGAAUUUGCUGGAUGCUAAUCUUGAUCCAGAAUCGCAGAAUGAUCUUCUGGCAGUCUUUGCUAGCAUGGACUGCCCUGUUACUGUUCAGUGCGGAUUCCAGUACCUAUUGGAGUAUAACUGGGCUGGAACCUUGAGAGGAGACACUUCUGCUACCAGACUCGGGCAGCUUCAGCAAUUCUCUGGCCUCCUUAGAAGCAGGACAGAAUCAACGAAAGCAGGGGGGAUGAUUUCUGGUGGUGAGGCUGAGAUGGAUAAUGAUGACCAGUGCUGCAUUUGCUAUAAUUCUGUGGCGAAUGCUAGAUUUGAGCCAUGUUCUCAUAGGUCGUGCCAUGGCUGCAUAACCAGGCACCUUCUAAACUGCCAAAGGUGUUUCUUUUGCAAUGCUACGGUCAUGGAAGUGCUCAGGGAUGAUGAGAAGACUGUGUAAAGGGUGAUAGACUUUGUCUAGGUUGGCCAUGUCGCGGAUCUGGUUUUUGAUCCAUCAAACAGAUUGAGGCCUCAACAAACAGAAGGCGUUGAGGAGUUUCAGAUGUGUGGCAAAUGUGAUCCAAAGA